UUACUUGUCGUUACGUCGUAUCUACUUCAUGCUAAAGCUGCGUAUUUUAAGUUACAUUUUAUCUGUUUUAAAAACAGUUCGUUUCGACAAAUAGAUUAUUUCAACCCGAACCUUAACAUACAGAUACAGGAUACACCCAAGCUCGUUUCAACAGUUGCAGCCCACAUUUCACUGGCGCUCUACAAAAUGGAAUACAAAAACAUCAAGCGUAAACUUGCUAAAGCUCCAAAAUACUCUACUCUUACUGGCAAAGAACCUGCUGUGUGUCGCCCAGUUCGACUCCAACACACUGAUGAGGACGUAUUUGGCGCUUACGUUCUUUCCAUUUGCACUGGAAACGAGGUAUCAUUUUGUCGAUUGGCACCGAAUCCGGUUAUAGACGAGCUGUGGUGUGAAACAAUGGAUGACAUGCACAAUUUUUACCGAGAAAACGAGGAUCAGUUGAAACCAGUUGAAACCCUUGAAAAGGAUCGUCUCUACGCUGUGAAAACGAAUGAAUUGUGGGCUCGGGCGUUGUUUUCUGAAUUUGAUGAAACGGGCGACGCAAAUUUUGAAAUGGUGGAUGGUGGCUUCUUUAAAACUGUUUCACCCUCAGCUGUUUACCCAGUCGAGUGUCGUUUUGGCAUCUUUCCUUGCCAAGCCACUCGUUGUGUUCUCUAUGGCUUGGAAUACUUGACUUUCGUUUUAAACAAAGUUGCCAUUGAUGCUGUUUUAGAGCACCUUGUUGGUAAAAGUCUGAUCGCAUCCAUCGUCAAACGGAAGCCGCAAUUGACUGUUGUUUUUUUCGAAUCUCCUGUCAUCAACUUGAACGAAUUGAUCCUACUCCAAGUAGCCAAGAGUGUGCGGAUGAUUCCACUCACGGAUAAUGAACCAAACGUGCCAGAAGAUCCUUUGAUUGAAGACCCCUGCAUUGCGGAUCGCACCAAGGCAUCAGUGAUGGACGGCUUGAUUUUCAUUGCGGGACUGAAGUGUUCCCAACGCCCACCAGCCUCAGAAGUCACCGUCGACGGGCUUUACUUAGGAUACAACGCCAAGGAAGGAUGGUCUCGUAUGCGUCUUGAAAGCAGCAUUGUUCGUCGUAGAAAAGUUCAAGUCAGGAUGAUCGACUAUGGAAAUACCGUUGACACUGUUUGGGAAAAGGGUUUGUGGGAUCUAAAUGACAUGUCUCCCGAAUUAGCCACUAUUCCUGUUCACCAAUCUGUCGUUCUACCUCUCAGCUGCUUGUGUGCCCGCGUUAUAAGUUUGAACGGAAUUGAUGUAAAGUCAACUCCUGCAACUGUGCAGUCGUUUGCUCGCCGCCACCUUUACCCUUAUUGAUGCCUCUCUUUACGUUUUGUUGGACAAGUGGCUUGGCAUUUGAAAUUCGUUGUGUACGUUCCUUUCCUCGUUUUCCUUUCUGUUCAAACUUGAAAUAUUUUUGAAAAAAUUGACGGCGCUACGCCAGUCGUGUUCUCAUUUGUUGGGUUUCAUAACUUCAAUGCCAAAUCCUCAAACUGUUGGCUUUAUUUUCCCCUUUUUUUGUCAGUUACAAGUUACAAAUUGUAACUUGUCUAUUAUAAGAUAAACUAUGUCUUUCACGUU